GGUACGGCUACAACUUUACAGCUGUGCUAGCAGUGACUCCAGGGACACAAAGUUAGAGAGAGACAUAACGGACGCCUGCAUCAGACCUUCCACGGAUACAGGAAGAAGCAGCUUGAUACGUUGAGGUGUUUGGAGAGCUAUGCUGCAGCGGAGAGGCCUGCUGGAUGGCAGAGGGGAGUGUAACAGGGCAGUGUUGGUGUCUGUGGCAGAGUUUGACCCCGGGGUGAGGCUGGGGAGGAGGCCUGGAGCCGAGAGGGACGCCAAGAGGCUCCACCGGACCCUCAGCAAACUGGGCUUCGAGGUGGACAUCCACGCUGACCUCGGCGGAGACGAAAUCUACGAGUUGUUUCUGAAAGAGAGCCGGCGGCCUGUGAAGGACUGUUUCCUGGGCGUCUUGUCGUCUCACGGGGAGGAGGGCUGCGUGUUCGGAGCUGACGGGAAAGCCGUCCAACUCGCUCGUGUCUUCAGAUAUUUUGACAGCGAAUGUAUGGAGAAAAAGGCCAAAGUGUUCCUCAUACAGGUGUUCAGGUUCAUAAGGUUUCAGCUCACAGUCUUCUGUACACAUUUCAUCUGACCUCAACUGAAAAGUUGAAUUAAAGAAAAGUUGUAUAUUGUCAUG